CGCAGUGACGUUUCCAACUGGAGGCUCCUCCGCAGCGUUGUGAGGUGAUCACAGAGGGAGAGAGAGAUAGGGUGGAAGCAGAGGGUGAAUACUCAGUCCUACACUCGGCAGCAUCAUGGCACCUAUCGGAUUAAAGGCGGUGGUCGGCGAAAAGAUUAUGAAUGAUGUCAUCAAGAAGGUGAAGAAGAAGGGAGAAUGGAAGGCACUGAUCGUGGACCAGCUGAGCAUGAGGAUGUUGUCAUCCUGUUGCAAGAUGACAGACAUCAUGACGGAGGGCAUCACCAUCGUGGAGGACAUCAUGAAGCGACGAGAGCCUCUUCCCAGCCUCGAGGCCAUUUACCUGAUUACACCCACAGAGAAGUCGGUCCACACCCUCAUCGCAGACUUCAAAGACCCUCACUCAGCUAAAUACAAGGCAGCGCAUGUUUUCUUCACUGACUCCUGCCCUGAUCCUCUCUUCAAUGAGCUGACAAAGAGCCGUGCUUCCAAAACCAUCAAGACUCUGACGGAGAUCAACAUCGCCUUCUUGCCCUACGAGUCUCAGGUGUACUCUCUGGACAAUGCAGACGCCUUCCACAGUUUCUACAGCCCCCAUAAGACCCAGCUGAAGAACCCGGUGAUGGAGAGGCUGGCCGAGCAGCUGGCCACUCUCUGUGCCACCCUGAAGGAGUACCCUGCCGUCAGAUACCGAGGAGAGUACAAGGACAACGCCACCCUGGCCCAGCUGGUUCAGGACAAACUGGACGCCUACAAGGCUGAUGACCCCACCAUGGGAGAGGGUCCAGAUAAGGCACGCUCACAGCUGAUCAUCCUGGACCGGGCGUUCGACCCCGUUUCUCCAGUCCUGCAUGAGCUCACCUUCCAGGCCAUGGGCUACGACCUGCUGCCCAUCGAGAACGACGUCUACAAAUAUGAGACCAGUGGCAUUGGAGACUCUCGUGAGAAAGAGGUUCUGCUGCACGAAGACGAUGACCUGUGGGUGAGCCUGAGACACAAACACAUAGCUGAGGUGUCCCAGGAAGUGACCCGCCAGCUGAAGGACUUUUCAGCCAGCAAGAGGAUGAACACCGGGGAGAAGACCACAAUGAGAGAUCUGUCCCAGAUGCUGAAGAAGAUGCCUCAGUACCAGAAGGAGCUCAGCAAGUACUCCACCCACCUGCAGCUGGCUGAGGACUGCAUGAAGCAUUACCAGGGAACAGUCGACAAGCUGUGCCGUGUGGAGCAGGAUCUGGCGAUGGGCACAGACGCUGAGGGAGAGAAGAUCAAAGACCCCAUGAGGGCCAUCGUGCCCAUCCUGCUGGAUGCCAACGUCAGCACGUACGACAAGAUCCGCAUCAUCCUGCUCUACAUUUUCCUCAAGAAUGGCAUCACGGAGGAGAACCUGAACAAGCUGAUCCAGCACGCGCAGAUCCCCCCUGAGGACAGUGAGAUCAUCACCAACAUGGCUCACCUGGGCGUCCCCAUCGUCACAGACUCGACCCUCCGCCGAGGAAAGAAGCUGGACAGGAAGGAGCGUGUGAGCGAGCAGACCUAUCAGCUGUCCCGCUGGACCCCGCUGGUCAAGGACAUCAUGGAGGAUGCUAUUGAUGAUAAGCUGGACACCAAGCACUACCCCUACAUCUCCACCCGCUCCUCUGCCUCCUUCAGCACCACUGCCGUCAGUGCUCGAUACGGCCACUGGCACAAGAACAAGACUCCUGGAGAGUACCGCACCGGGCCCCGCGUCAUGGUCUUCAUCAUCGGGGGCGCCUCCUUCAGCGAGAUGCGCUGUGCCUAUGAGGUCACGCAGGCCAAUGGGAAGUGGGAGGCCGUCAUUGGUUCCACCCACAUGCUCACCCCCACCAAAUUCUUAUCGGACCUGCAGCACCCCGACUUCCGAGAGUCCACUAGGGUGUCCUUUGAGGACGCAGAAACACCAGCCGAGUGAGGCAGAGACAGAUUGGGAGGGAGGGAGAGAGAAAUCACACUGAAAAAAGAUCGACCAACAUCUUCACCCCCACCAGCCUGCUGGAGCAGCUCAAGGCCAUGAACAAACCAGACGAGGAAGUUACAAGCUAAGAUCCUCCAAUCACACCUCUUUCUCUUAACCCCGCCCCCUUCUUACCUCUGUACCCCUUCCCCUCCCCCCUCCAAUACCUGUGUAUGCAUCCUGCUUGAGAAGAAUAAAAAGACAUCUGAGAUGAUAAAAAAAUAUAUGUUGUAUCAAAGAAUAAAAUCGUUGCAAGUAUUCUAAAGUUUUACAAUGGAUGCAACUAAAUGAACUUAUUUAACAAAAGGUUUAAAUAUCAGAACAGAGGGCCAUUUAAAACUGAAAGUACCAAAAUGUAAUAUUGUAUGCUACGAAACCUGAGCAAAAGGUCGACCUUUUCUCUUUGCUUUGGGUUUCCUCCCCUGGGAGUUUUAUCAGAAGCCGUUUGAGAGGUCGCUGUUGUAAAAUAUAUCAUAUCAGUCAACAUGCAAUAUAAAUAUAUUCGUCAGAGAGGAAUCCCCCCCCCUUCCCCCCCCCUGCCCAUUUGAGAUGUUCGUAUUCAGUAGCAUGCUUGGACUUGUGUGGACUGUUAUGUGUUUGUAUCCAAUGUGGAUGUUCUGGGAGCCGCAGAGUUAGCACUUAGCUUUUUCCUAAGAUGUUGAGCUUGAAUACUUCACUGAAAACAUGUGUUUUGAGUAUCGAAAAGUCAAAUACACACCUCAAAACUUAUCCACUACUCAACGUUCCAUCUGUAAACUCUGUAAAGGUGCAACUAUAGCAAUGUAAAUGUGUUGCAAUAUAUCCAGCUGUGUCAGUCAGGGUCAGUAUGCAAGCACCACAAACUGCAGCCCACGAAAUGACCUUAAAGCUCUAACUGCUCUAAUAUAUGUAUAUAUAUAUUUAUGUGGGAUUUAAACAGGUUAUAUCUUAGGUGGAGUUUAUGCAAUUAGCACUAGCAAGCACAGUAACCAUAGUUUGUUUCUCAUCCUAUUUUCACUUAUUGAUCCAAAUCAACGCCUACAGUGUGACCUUGACGUUUCCCCUGCAAUCAGCAGUCGCCAUGGAUGAUAAAUAUAGAAAUAAGUCACUAGAUGUAAUCAUUCUAGGCAAGGAAAUAAUAAAAAACGACAUUAGUUAUAAAUAAAUAGUAGACAUUUACUCAUUUGCUGAGGGAGAAAUCUUACAAUCUUACCCCUCCCGGCGCUGCAUCCUAGCUUGUGAUAUAUCCGGACACGUUAGGCAGCGGCGUGAUACUCCAAACAUUGACUUUCUUUGAAGUAUUCCUUUUUAAAGCGCUUGGUUGAGCAGAUGUCCGAAAGAGAGAGCUCUGUAAAAAGCCCGAAUCCCCCCCCUCCUCCGGCUGCCGAGACUGUAAAGUAUUUACUUGCCACAACCUUUUUCCUUUCUCCGAAAAAUUCCACGUUUUAAUGUCAAAGGCCGAUGCUUGCAGAUAUCUAAAGAAUAAUCUUAAAAAGGGCCAGUUGUGUUUCAGUAUUGUAUCCUGUCAGAUUAAGUCUUAUCAUUGGUUAGUGGUGUUUCAUUGGGCCAUGCACUGAGUAGUGUUGUGCGUGUGCCAUACGUUGCUGUUUUAGCGUCUCACUGUUGACUGGUGAUAUUCCUGACUGUAAAGUAGUGAUACCUUUUCCUUUAAAAAAAAAACGUCGAUGUGAAGCCGCCGUGUUUGUGAUGUUCUAGCUGUAGCUGUUAGUGGUUCAAAAAGAAACUAAUAUCUAUUUUUUCCUCCGGUGCAAUGUAAAACCCUCCAAUGGCGAAUGGCUUUGCAAAAGAAAUCCCUUAGGUCCACUUUUCUUUCCUCCCUCCCCUCGUUCCCCCGGCCAAAACAAGUUGUAUAUUGCACUAUUAUGCGUUUUCUGUGAUGCAAACGCUUGACUUUGUGUUCGUUUAUUUUCUAUUAUUUGCUGUUGUAUAGGGUUUACUCUGUCAAAUCAAUUGAUUUAUAUCAAAUUAUUUAUCAGAGAAAAGAUAAUAGUGAUGCAUUAGUCUGUUCUAAAACUGUUUAACUUAUUGGGAUUGUAUGUUUGCGAGUGUUGAAGCACAAACAAUACUUCCAUGUGUACCUCAUAUGUACUAAGGCUGUCUAAUAAAUUGGCUUCCAUUACA